CGCGGGGCUUGUUGCAACAGCUGAUGGUCUCCUCUGAGUUUCAAGAACUAUUUCUGGUACAUUAGCUGGGAUCAAGGCUCUCUGGUUCAGGCCAUAAAAGGCCCGUCCUAUGUGGAGUUGCCUCACUGCUUCUGACAGCGCCCUCAGAGGCUGAAGCGUCCUCAGGUUUCACGUGGAUUUACCCAGUAAUGGAUGGCCACACCAGGGCCAGAUUGGGGAACUUCAGCCUCAAGGACACCCAGGGACUGACAACUUCAAAAAGAAGAUCCUUUUUAAUAUUAUUUUGGCCAUCUUUUUUCCGAGAAACUUUUGGGAUGCGGCCUUCACCUAUUUACUGCCUUUGGCCCCCGAACACCUUUUGGAAAGCACCGUUCUAAAUUUAUCCUGUUCUGAAUCAUUGCUUCUGGUAGAUGCAGUUGCCUUGUUUGCCUUGUGAUAGUUGAUUUUGUAUAGUGUUCCUUGGGCUAACCUUUUGAUAUUUGACUUUUUGUUUAGAAUUUGAAAGCAGUAUUCAUUGACAGGAGAGUCAAAGAAAAUACUUGAGAACAGCCAAAGCCGGAUCAGAGGAUAUCACAUAUUUUGUUUUACUUUUUUAAUUAGGAAAAUAAGGAAUGACAGUGUGAUUUUUUUUCCCCCUUUAAUUUAGAGGAACAAGGAUUAUACAGAGAUUUGAAAUUUCAACCAGAAAAACUUAAGCCUCAUUGGAGUCCCACUUCAAAGAGAAGUUCCAAGCUUUCAGAAAGAGUUCCUGCUUGACGAAAAAGAACAGCUUGCUAACCACAGAAGAGAAAUUGAUGCUAAGCUUUUGUCUGCACUUCCUAAAGGAAAUAUACGCUGAAGAGUUUAGAGUUGCAGAAUUAAGAAAAAUCUUUGAACCAAAGAGAAAAGAAUUUUUAGAAAUGAAAAGAAAAGAAAGAAUUGCCAGGCGCUUAGAAGGAAUUGAAACGGACACACAGCCCAUCCUCUUGCAGAGCUGUCCCGGAUUAGUGACUCAUCGGCUGCUGGAGGAAGACACGCCCAGAUACAUGCGAGCCUCAGACCCUGCCAGCCCCCACAUCGGCAGAUCAAACGAAGAGGAAGAAACUUCUGACUCUUCGUCAGAGAAGCAGGUGCGGCCUAAACCCUGCCCAGAAACCUCAGUCCGUGGUGACUCUUCCUAUGGCUCGGGUGCCAUGGACCCCCAGGGUCUUGAGUCCAAAGCAGAAAGAAUUGCAAGGUACAAGGCAGAGAGGAGACGGCAGCUGGCCGAGAAAUACGGGCUCACUCUGGAUCCUGCAGCCGACUCAGAAUCUCUCUUUCGGUACACCAAGCCCAGGAAGGCCCCUGAUGCUGCUGAGGAAAGGGGAGGGAAAGGUGAUAGACAGGCGGGAUCCAGCAGAGAUGCAAGCUCUGCCUCCUCCAGGGCCUGCAUGGCUGAACCCAAAGACUAUGUCCUCCGCGGGAGUGAUGGGGUGUCCGACACAGAGGAGCUGCUCAACGUGGAAAACCAAAGUCGAGGUCAAGAGCUGAGUGCCACUGAGCAGGCUCAUGACCUGCCCCCCGAGGUGGAAAGUUCCUCAUCCUUCCCAUUCUCCAGGCGGGACUGCGCCUUCGGUGAAGUGCCAAGGUCCCCAAAGCACCUGCAUGGUGUGCCCCUCUCCUCACCUCGGCUGCCACCCUCCCCGAGCCACUCAGCCUGCGACCCGGCCUGCCCCCAGGAGGUACGGUCCAGAACAGGGCAACCCAAACACGAGUGGUUUCUCCAGAAAGAUUCCGAAGGGGACACACCUUCACUUAUCAACUGGCCUUCCAGAGUUAAAGUUAGAGAAAAAUUGGUGAAAGAGGAGAGUGCUCGCAACAGCCCUGAACUGGCCACAGAGUCCUUAACACAGAGGAGACAGCAGCCAGGGCCAGACCGUUACAUAUCCUUUCCAUCAGAAAAAACAGCCUUCGAUAGGGUCCUGAGCAAGGCAGCCAGCUCUGCACGACAGCCAAUCCGUGGCUAUGUCCAACAAGCAGAUCCCAUUCACACCGCCAAGCUGGUGCCCUCAGAUAUCCCAGAAAAUGUAUCUGAGUGCAGCUGGGUGGAAUCAGCCACCCAGAAUGUCAUAAAGCCUCCCACCUUGAAGGUUCUAGAAGGUGAAAGAAGGGAUACCCCAGUUCUCCAUAUUUGUGAAUCGAAAGCAGAAGAAGAUGUACUCUUGGCCGAAGCUCUCGAGAAAAGCAGGGAAACACUUUUGGCUUUGGAGGACCACGGGCUUGCGAGAAGUCGCAAAGACCCCUCUGAAAAUGAAGCCUUUGGUAAGCCUGCAGUUAGCACAGUUACCUUAGAGCUUCAGAAGGAAGCAGAGAGCCUGCCACCCCCACCCCCGGCUCAGCACCAGCCCAUGGAGCAAAUGGGCAGGAGAGAGAUGGUGGUGCAUGUGCAGAAUGAGCCUGUGUCCCCAGAUACCAGGGUGACAGGUCACAAGAAGGAAGCACCUGUGAGGAGGCGCAAGGUCCUCACACGGUCCCUGUCUGACUACACGGGCCCACCUCAGCUCCAGGCCCUAAAGUGCAAGGAUGCAGCUUUAAAGCAAGAGCCCGAGCCUCAGAUUGCCAAAGCCGAAGGGCCCCACUCAGAAGUUGGCAUGCUGGACACAAAGGUCUCUGUCGCCCAGCUGCGAAAUGCGUUUCUGGAAUCUGCCAGUGCCAUCAAGAAACCCGAACUCCAAUCACGGGUUGAAAGGUCAACCGAAGGCGUAGGCUUGCCUACCAAUGUGGAACAGGAGAGAGGGUCCCGGAAACCAAGACGCUAUUUUUCUCCUGGUGAAAGUAGAAAAACUUCUGAGAGAUUUAGAACUCAGCCCAUUACCUCAGCAGAACGAAAGGAAUCAGAUAGGUCCACUUCAAAUUCAGAAGUGCCAACUGCUGAGGAUGAAGAAAAGGUAGAUGAGCGAGCCAAACUGAGCGUUGCCGCCAAGAGGCUGCUUUUCAGGGAAAUGGAAAAAUCAUUUGAUGAGAAAAACGUUCCAAAGCGACGCUCAAGAAAUGCGGCCGUGGAGCAGAGGCUGCGGCGUCUGCAGGACAGAUCCCACACCCAGCCGGUUACCACUGAGGAAGUAGUCAUCGCAGCCACUGAACCUAUCUCUGCCUCAUGCUCUGUGACCACCAACCCUGUAAUGACAAGACUUCCUAGUCCCACUGUAGCUAAGAGCACUGUGCAGCCUGCCAGAUUGCAGGCAUCUGCUCACCAAAAGGCUUUAGCCAUAGAACAGGCAAAUGAGGGCAAAGAUACUGCUGAGCGAGGUGAACCUGAUUCCAGCACUCUAAGCUUAGCAGAGAAACUGGCCUUGUUUAACAAGCUGUCCCAGCCAGUCUCAAAAGCGAUUUCUACCCGAAACAGAAUAGAUGUGAGACAGAGGAGAAUGAAUGCUCGCUAUCAAACUCAGCCAGUCACGCUUGGAGAAGUGGAACAGGUGCAAAGUGGAAAGCGCAUUCCUUUCUCACCUACUGUGAGCACGUCUGUGUCCAUGGUGGCAUCUCUAGUUGCUCCAGUAUAUGCCGGGGAUCUUCGGACAAAGCCACCCAUGGGUGAUGGCACAAGUGCCACUGACUAUAAGUUUCCCUCUUCUAUAGAAAAUUUGGACUCUCCCAUUAAAAGCAUUCUGAAAACCCCAGCCUGGCAGCCUUCAGGAGAGGGUAGUGGGAGCAAAGGAAUGUUGAGAGAAUCUGGAGAGCCAGAAAGCAAGAGAGUCUUGACAGGUGAAGACGGUGGAGUUAUGAAGUAUGGGUCCUUUGAGGAAGCAGAGCUGCCAUCCUACUCCGUCCUGAACAGAGUCUGGGAAAGAGAUAGCCUUCAAGAACCCAAAUAUGCUGUCCUGAGAAAGGGAAGCCUGGAACUAGCCAACCCUCUCAUUGCCCAUCUUGGGGAUGAGCGACAGGAAUUUUCCAUUGCUAGAAGCACUGCACGAGGGAGCCCAGACCUGAAGGACAGGCAGCCCUUUCAAGAGAAGGUGGGCAUGGAGAAUGUCAUUCAAAGGAAGUUUUCACUAAGAGCAGCAGAGGUCGGGGAGCCCACUUUGGAGCAGUUGGGCUCAGCUGCUGGGGAAACUACUGCUCAAACUGCAACUCCAGUGUCCUGGAAGCAGCAGGGCCCUCCCGAACAACCACAGGAGAAGCACCCCAAGAACCCAUGUACCGUGUUCGCUGCCGGGGAGAUGAGAGCACCGACCAUGGAGGGUGAUUCGCCCAGCAAAACCAUGUCAAUUAAAGAAAGAUUAGCACUGUUGAAGAAGAGCGGUGAGGAAGAUUGGAAAAAUAGACUUUCCAGAAAGCAGGAGUAUGGCAAAGCGUCUGUCACUAGCAGCCUGCACAUACAAGAAGUGGAACAGUCGCUCAAGAAGAAGGAAGAAGGAGGACUUACAGAUGAUAGUGCCAUUUCUAAUCUGCUCUGGGAACCUGUAUAUGCUUCUACUUAUUCUCCUGCUAUACCUGCUGCCCAUAAAUACCUGUCUUUUGUAUCUAUUAAUCAGCGGGUCACGGAAAGUCGAGAGAGCCAAAUGAGUAUCGAAGAGAGGAAGCAUCUCAUCACCGGGAGAGAGGAAGCAUGGAAGGCAAAAGGCAAAGGAGCGGCCAACGAUUCCACCCAGUUCACUGUGGCCGGCAGAAUGGUGAAGAAAGGUCUGGCAUCACCCACAGCCAUAACUCCAGUAGCGUCCCCUCUUGGCAGUAAAGCAAGAGGCACGACACCAGUUUCCAAACCCCUGGAAGAUAUCGAAGCCAGACCAGACAUGCAAUUAGAAUCAGACCUGAAGUUGGACAGGCUGGAAACCUUUCUAAGAAGGCUGAAUAACAAAGUUGGUGGAAUGCAAGAAACAGUCCUCACUGUCACCGGUAAAUCUGUUAAAGAGGUGAUGAAGUUGGACGAUGACGAGACCUUUGCAAAAUUUUACCGCAGCAUGGAUUAUACUGUACCCAGAAGCCCUGUGGAGCUAGAUGAGGACUUUGAUGUACUUUUCGAUCCUUAUGCCCCCAAGCUGACAUCCUCUGUGGCCGAGCACAAGCGAUCAGUCAGGCCCAAGCGCCGGGUCCAGGCUUCCAAAAACCCCCUGAAAAUGCUGGCAGCAAGAGAGGACCUCCUUCAGGAAUACACUGAGCAGAGAUUAAACGUUGCCUUCAUGGAGUCAAAGCGUAUGAAAGUUGAAAAGAUGUCCUCCAACUCCAACUUCUCAGAAGUCACUCUGGCAGGUUUAGCCAGUAAAGAAAACUUCAGCAACGUCAGCCUGCGGAGUGUCAACCUGACAGAACAGAAUUCUAACAACAGUGCCGUGCCCUACAAGAAGCUGAUGUUGGUACAGAUUAAAGGAAGAAGACAUGUGCAGACAAGACUUGUGGAACCUCGAGCUUCAUCACUCAACAGUGGGGACUGCUUCCUGCUGCUCUGUCCCCAUUACUGCUUCCUGUGGUCAGGGGAAUUUGCAAAUGUCAUAGAAAAAGCGAAGGCCUCAGAACUUGCAACUUUAAUUCAGACAAAGAGGGAACUUGGUUGUAGAGCUACUUAUGUCCAGACUAUCGAAGAAGGGAUUAAUACACACACUCAUGCAGCCAAAGACUUCUGGAAACUUCUGGGUGGCCAAACCAGUUACCAAUCUGCUGGAGACCCAAAAGAAGACGAACUGUAUGAGACAGCCAUAAUAGAAACAAACUGCAUUUACCGUCUGAUGGAUGACAAACUUGUUCCUGAUGACGACUACUGGGGGAGGAUCCCAAAGUGCUCCCUUCUGCAAUCAAAAGAGGUACUGGUGUUUGAUUUUGGUAGUGAAGUUUAUGUGUGGCAUGGAAAAGAAGUCACGUUAGCACAACGGAAAAUAGCAUUUCAGCUGGCAAAGCACUUAUGGAAUGGAACCUUUGACUAUGAGAACUGUGACAUCAACCCAUUGGAUCCCGGAGAAUGCAAUCCGCUUAUUCCCAGGAAAGGACAGGGGCGGCCUGACUGGGCAAUAUUUGGGAGACUUACAGAACACAAUGAGACUAUUCUGUUCAAAGAGAAAUUUCUCGAUUGGACUGAACUGAAGAGACCUAAUGAGAAGACUGCCUGCGACCUUGCCCAGCAGAAGGAAUUCCGGGAAGAGCCAAGGGCAGAAGUCAAGCCAUAUGAUGUGACGCUGAUGGUGCCAGUGCCCCAGACAAUAAGCAGCACUGUGCUGGAUGGGGUGAAUGUUGGCCGCGGCCACGGCCUGGUGGAAGGGGACGACAGGAGGCAAUUUGAGAUCACCAGCGUCUCUGUGGAUGUCUGGCAUAUCCUUGAAUUUGACUACAGCAGGCUUCCCAAACAGAGCAUCGGGCAGUUCCAUGAGGGGGACGCCUAUGUGGUCAAGUGGAAGUACAUGGUGAGCACCACAGUGGGAAGUCGACAGAAGGGAGAGCAUCCAAUUCGGGUGGCUGGCAAAGAGAAGUGUGUCUACUUCUUCUGGCAAGGCCGGCAGUCAGCUGUGAGUGAGAAGGGCACGUCAGCCCUCAUGACGGUGGAGCUGGAUGAGGAGAGGGGGGCCCAGGUCCAAGUACUUCAGGGAAAGGAGCCCCCCUGUUUUCUGCAGUGCUUCCAGGGGGGUAUGGUGGUCCACGCCGGGAGGAGGGAAGAGGAGGAAGAAAAUGCACAGAGCGAGUGGAGGCUGUACUGUGUACGUGGAGAAGUGCCCGUCGAAGGAAACUUGCUGGAAGUGGCCUGUCACUGCAGUAGUUUGAGGUCCAGGACUUCCAUGGUUGUGCUCAAUGUAAAUAAAGCCCUCAUCUACUUGUGGCAUGGAUGCAAAGCCCAGGCCCACACGAAGGAAGUUGGAAGGACUGCCGCAAAUAAAAUCAAAGAACAAUGUCCCCUGGAGGCAGGGCUGCACAGCAGCAGCAAAGUGACAAUACAUGAGUGUGACGAAGGAUCCGAGCCCCUGGGUUUCUGGGAUGCGUUGGGAAGGCGAGACAGGAAAGCCUAUGACUGCAUGCUGCAAGAUCCUGGAAAUUUUAACUUCACACCCCGCCUGUUCAUCCUCAGCAGCUCCUCUGGCGAUUUCUCAGCCACGGAGUUCAUGUAUCCUGCCCGAGACGCCUCUGUGGUUAACUCAAUGCCCUUCCUGCAGGAAGAUCUGUACAGUGCACCACAGCCAGCACUUUUCCUAGUUGACAAUCACCAUGAGGUGUACCUCUGGCAAGGCUGGUGGCCCAUUGAGAACAAGAUCGCUGGCUCUGCCCGCAUCCGCUGGGCCUCCGACCGCAAGAGCGCCAUGGAGACGGUGCUCCAGUACUGCAAAGGAAAAAAUAUCAAGAAGCCGCCCCCCAAGUCUUACCUUAUUCACGCUGGCCUGGAACCCCUGACAUUCACCAAUAUGUUUCCCAGCUGGGAGCACAGGGAGGACAUUGCCGAAAUCACAGAAAUGGAUACAGAAGUUUCUAAUCAGAUCACACUCGUGGAAGAUGUCUUAGCAAAGCUGUGUAAAACCGUUUACCCACUGGCUGAACUCUUCGCCAGGCCACUGCCCGAGGGAGUUGAUCCUUUAAAGCUUGAGAUUUAUCUCACUGAUGAAGACUUUGAGUUUGCACUAGAUAUGACCAGAGAGGAAUACAAUGCACUGCCCGCCUGGAAGCAGGUGAACCUGAAGAAAGCAAAAGGUCUGUUCUGAGUUGGGGAGAUGCUGGUGGUACCGUGUCAUUGCUUUCAAUACCACUGGACCAGAAAAAUGGAUAUUUCUUUGGAUUGGUAUUUGAAAAAAUAGUUUUGAAUCAAGAGUUUUCAAAACCUGAAGCUGUUAGCUCUACUGUUUGUCCUGGGGUUGUGUAUUUUGUAAAUGUUUAAGAGCCCUAUUUGGAAUUCCCUUUCCACGACUCAGCAGGUAUGUUAAGAAAAGUAUCCUUACAUGCACUUGGGCAGCGCUUCCUCAGCAGCUGCUAGGAGCACAGCCCUCCUGUUCCCGUGCCGCCUUUUUGGAAGCAGUUCUCUUUAUAAAGUGUUAUUUUGAUAGUUUGUGGAUUCUAAGAUAUAUAUAUAUAUUUAUAUAAACACCAUAUAAAUCAAAUAUGUAUUUAACAAAGCAAUAUGUAUUCAUUCACUUUGAAGACUUUUUUUCAGUGUCAAAAUAGUACUAAAAGGUAGAUAGAGUUGCUUCUACGGAAUGAGUUCUGCCACCGAUAUGUAUCCUCACACGUGUUCAGAAAUGUCUCCUCUAGCGUGAGGUCUGACUUCUUCUGAGUGCUGCCUCGGUGCUACAGUGAGCAAAGAUUUGUACUUCCUGGCAUGGGCUGGGAAGCAUUUGUGCAAAUCCACCUCUCUACCUAUUUCCCCAAAAUGUAUAGUGCCUUGUUUUUAUGUACAGUUUAUAUACAGAAAAGUUUGCUCUGCAUUUUUUUGAUGACAGUUUGGAACAUUAUCUACAAUUUUACUCUAAAAUAGUAGAAAUAAAAAACAUCUCAAUUUCUAAUACCUGUCAUAAACAUUAAACGUGUCAUUUUGCAAUAUUGGACUCCAAAAUAAAAGCUUCAGAAUAAACACCACUGAUUGGUUCA